ACUAAAUCAAUCAGUCAAAUAUCAAAAUUAUAACCUUAAGUCGAACGUGAAUUCUUUAUAGGUACAUAUAUUUCAUUUUGUAGAAAAGGAAAGAAAAUAAUAUAGAAUUCAGUUAAAAUCAAUUAUUAAACAAAAAUAGUAAAAUAUAGCGAUGGAUAUAGACAAAGAAAAUGUAGUUCAAGCGGUCGUCAUUAUGGACACGUUUAAUAGUAAUUUUGAUCCCAUUUGUAAGGCUAAACCUAUGGCGUUCUUAACAUUGGCUGGUGUACCUUUGAUAGACUAUGUGCUCGAAUCAUUAGCUUUAGGUGGAGUUGGCGAAACUAUUUUAUUUUGCUGUCAAGAUGGUGUGAAAGUAAAAGAAUAUCUCAAGAAAAGUAGUGACAAGAAGGCUUCAUGGAGUAUUACAAUGGAAGUCAAUGUGAUAAUGUCAGAUACAUGUCAGACAAUGGGGGAUGUGAUGAGAGAAAUAGAUGCAGCUGGUCUCAUAAGAGGAUGUUUUGUUCUAAUGGGGGUGAACAGUAUCACUAAUGUCAAUUUUGCAUCUUUAUUGGAAAAACAUAAGGUUUUAAGUAAAAAAGAUAAAGGAGCAGCAAUGACUUUGUUAUACAAGAAAGUAUCAUGGGAGCAUCCAUUGAUAAGCUGUGAUAAACCUACAUUUGUAGCUGCUGAUGGGAAUAACAACAAAGUUUUGGUACAUCAGAAGUACAAACCCAAAUCAAAUGAGAAAUCCAUCAACAUACCAUUGGAGGUGACCCUAAAGACGUCAGAGCUGAAGUUGCAUCACAAUUUGGCUGACCCGAACAUAGCUCUGUGUUCUCCAUCAGUGCCACCACUAUUUUCUGAUAAUUUUGAUUUCCAAACACGUGAUGACUUUAUACAUGGACUUCUCAUAAAUGAAGAAAUUCUAGAUAGUUCUCUGUAUUAUAUGUUACUGAAAGAAAACCAAUAUGCUGCUUCUGUGACAAACUGGAAAACUUAUCAAAGUAUAUGCCGAGAUAUACUUCAAUACUGGGCACAUCCGUUGUCUAUUGAAACUGGCACAUUUUAUCAAAACAACUAUUUAUUUAUGGGUAAUAAUAAUUUUCGACAUGUGACUUCUGUGUUGAACAGAUCUUGCUUGUUAGUUGAAGAUGUCUUAAUUGGAUCGGAUUCUCAUAUAGGUGACAAUACAGUAGUAUCAAAAUCCAUUAUUGGAAAGAACUGUAAUAUUGGAAAAAAUGUCACAAUAUCUGGGAGUCACAUAAUGAAUAAUGUGACAAUACAUGCUAACUGUAAUAUUACAAACAGUUUGAUUGAUGAUAACUGCAUAUUAGAAGAAGGUUGCAGCAUAGAGGGAGGCACAAUCAUAGGAUCUCAUGUCACAAUUUCUGCUGGAAGGAAAUUAACAGGAAUUAUUGAGUAUUCCGAACAUGAAGGAAGUGAGAAAACUUUAAAGAAAUCAACAUCAGAAGGGGAAUGGGAAAAUGAGUCAUCUGGUGUAAGUGAUGAUGAAUUCAUUGGUUUUGAGAAAUCAUGGAGUGACAGUGAAUCUUAUUACUCAUCUGACAGUAGUGUGGAAUCCACUCUUCCUGAUUCACCUUUACCUGAAGAUACCAAUAUUUUCCUUCAAGAAGUUAUUGACAGUCUAGCAAGAGGAUAUGAAGAAAAACUGAAAUGCGAUUAUCUCAUAUUAGAAAUCAACUCCUCUAGAUAUGCAUACAAUAUUCAAUUACAUGAGGUGAACUUUUUCGUGGUUAGAGCUUUGCUCAGUUUACCUGUCCUCACUGAGAGCAAGAGUGUGCUUAGUAUAGUGAAAGAUAUUCUGAAAUUCUUCCGACCAGUUUUGGCAAAUUAUAUUAAAACAAAAUCGUCAAUAAUGGAUUGUUUGAAAGCUGUGGAGGAGAGCUGCAUAAAAUGUGAGUGGCUACAUGAGAAGGCAGGCCAGGUGAUACAUUUACUCUAUGAAGCUGAUGUUGUUGAUGAGGAUUCUCUUAAUGAGUGGUUUGAAGACUUAAAGAAGAAUGAAAGUCCAAUAGUGGCUCAAACAGCAUUUGUGAAGUUCUUUGAAUGGCUGCAGCAGGCAAGCGAAGAAAGUGAAUCAGAUUGAUUUAUGUAUGUAGGUAGAACUGUAUGAUGUAAAUAAAAAGAUUUUCUACUUAUCGUUCAUUUUAUUAGA